AUGAAAAUGCGUAGUAUUCAACACCAUUAUCCCCCAUAGGGGCAUCUUGGGCCCAUAAAAAGAUUCAUAGAUCAUCCCUCCAAGCUCCUAACCAAGAAAGUCUCCCAGCAACAGCAAAAGCAAAAACCCCCCCAAAAAUUCUCUCUGAGACUGAGACAAAGCAUCAAACACUUGGACUACUAUCUACGAUUCUCUCUCUUAUACCCUAACCAUGGCUCCAAAACCGAAACCCCAUCUGGGUCUGAUCCAUACCCUCCUGUUCUUCGUUUCCAUCCUCUCAAGUCCGUGGCUUUCCUUCUCUGACCCAGAACCCACUGUAUACGAAAUCCUCCCACAGUUUGGGCUCCCAGCUGGUCUUUUACCUGACUCAGUCACCAACUACACGUACUCCUCCUCUGAUGGCCGAUUCAUCGUCGUUUUAGCCAAGCCUUGCUAUAUUCAAUUCGAUUACACGGUCUUCUACGACACGACCAUCACGGGCAAGCUCAGCUAUGGCUCUAUCACCGGCCUCAAGGGCAUUCAGGUCCAGAGGUUCUUCUUGUGGUUCGAUGUCGAUGAGAUCCGUGUCGAUUUGCCUCCCUCUGAUAGUAUAUACUUCCAGGUUGGCCUCAUCAACAAGAAACUCGACGUGGGUCAGUUCAAGACUAUCCAUUCUUGCCGCGAUAAAGUCUCGGGGAAUUGCGCUGGAUCCUUGAAACGCUUUCUUCAGCUCCCAACUCCUUUAAAUGAAUAUCAGAUGCUACUCACUGAGUAGGUGCUAUGGGUACUUUUGCUGUAAUAUAGAGGGGUGCAAAAAGGUGUGAUGCAAUUAUCUGCCUUCUAGCUGAUAUUUUCACUUUCAGACUCAAAAAUGACGAGCCUGGUAUAAGAGUAGCAUCUAUGUAGAAGAUCUAAGUAUAAUAUGACCUAUCAAAAAAAAAAAAAAAUCUAAGCAUAAUAUGUGUAUAUCUGGACAAGAUGUUAUCUUAGUUUAGUCUGAAUGCAUUAUGGUUUCAUCCCUUUGAACUUGUACUGUACUGAAAUAUCAUAUCGAGGGAAUUACUCCAUGUGGUGGAUGAAUGAGAUUGUUAAUAAAAUUAGAUAAUAAUUGUAACAA